AUGCCUGUAUUCCAGUCUAAGAAAUUCCGAUCCAGUUCCUAUCAUCAUAGCUUGGGCGCUUUCUACAGGAAAAAUCUCAAUAGCCAUCCUUUUCUCCUCUUCGGCCUUCCUUUCAUCUUCACAAUCGUUGCGGGCUCAUUCAUACUCACACCCGCCACUGCGCUCAGAUACGAACGACAUGAUAGAAAAGUGCAGCAGAUGACCAAGGAAGAGGAGUUGGGCAUCGGCAAGGAUCGGCGGAGAGUGGAUAUCAAUGAAGAGUAUUAUCGUUUGGCUGCCAAGGUCAGUUUCACAUCUCGAUCGUUGGGGACACUUGCAAUGCUGAAUGGAGUCGCAGGAUCUGGACGAUUGGGAAAACAAAAGGGUCAAAAGAUUACCAGGCGAGAAUGA